UCAUUUUUUUUUCAUAAAGACUAUUGUUUUUUUAAUUAUUUUUUCAUUAUCAAGUAUUGUGUUUUUUUUCUUUUUAUUUUUUUUCAUUAUCAAGUAUUGUACCAAGAUUGUUUAGACUGAGUAUAAUAUCGUUUAGACUGGGUACAAAUUUUUUUAGAUUGGGUACUAGAUUUUUUAGAUUGGGUACAAGAUCGUUUAGAUUGGGUACAAGAUCGUUUAGAUUGAGUACAAGAUCGUUUUAGACUGGAUACAAGAGAAGAUCGUUCAAAUUUGAUACAAAAUCGUUUAAACUAGGUACAAGAGUACAAAAUCGUUUAAACAUCGUUUUUUCGUACAUGUAUGACGGAUUAACAAUGAGGUAUUUUUGUUAUUUGAUAUCGUGGGCUUGUGUAGUUUUUCGUUUUUCAAAAUUCUUUUAUAGCAAGUAAAUAUUUGAGUGUCUUGUUUUAUUUUAGAAAAACCUCACUUUUUUAUUAGUUUUUUUAAAUUAGUUGUUUUGUUUGUAAUUAAAGUGUAAAUAAUAAAGUAAAAAAUUUAUAGAUAAUAGAAUCUUUAUAAGCUUAGAUAAAAAUCAAAUGAUAUCAACACAAGGGCCAAGUAGUGAAAUGGAAACCUUAUUAGUUUUUAAUUUUUUGUUUUUUUGAAAUUUAUAUACUUUAGUUCAAAAUUUGAAAAUCUAUAAAUGGACUCGAUGAUUUUAAGCUUAAUUUUUCAAAAUCAAAAUAGGUAGUAGCAAUGAAAUUGGGGACUAAGUUCUUUUGGGUUUUUUUUCUUUCUUUCUUUAAUAACACCUAAACAAUGAUAUAAUUGAUCUAAUCUCAAACUCCAUAAAAUGAAUUUUGCCCUACCUUUUCAACUUCAAAACUUUGCAUCAUACAUAUAUACAUCAUCAUUAGCCAAAAUUACACAAAUGUAUGCUUAAUUCUUUUCCUUUUCACUCUCUUCUCAAAAUUUCUCUCCAUUGGUGUUGGCUUCUCUCCAUUUUUCCUUCCUUUAUUUAUCUCAGAUCCUAAGAAUAUUAUGUAGAGAUAUUGUCGGCCAUUAGAAUCUUUGUAUACUUUCUUUUUUCUUUUGAAAAGAGAGGAACGAGAGUCUCGUACGCCAUUUCCCUAAGCUAAAAAUUUAAAUAAAUAAAUAAAAUCUUUUGUCACCUUCUCCCAAUUCCUAAUAAAAUCUAGAAACCCACCCCCAAGAAAGUCAGUCCAUCCUCCUCCAUAGCCAAAACUCUGUCACCCGCGCAUGGGGGAACCACAAACAACCUCUCCCCAUGUUCUUUUCUUUUCCGCCCCGGCCCAAGGCAACAUCAAUGUCAUGCUCAAGCUCGCCCAGCUCCUUUCCCUCUCCUCCGUUCGUGUCACAUUUCUCACUACCGAACACUCCUACCGCCAGCUCACCCUCCACUCCGACGUCCUCCGCCGCUUCUCCCUUUUUCCCUCCUUCCAAUUCCGAACCAUCUCCGAUGGCCUUCCCUUAUCCCACCCUCGCACCUUCUCCCACCACUUGCCUGAAAUGUUUCACUCGUUCGUAUCCGUUACCAAGCCCUUGUUCAGAGACAUGCUCGUUUCACCCCAUUUCUCCUCCGACCUCUCUUGCCUCAUUCUCGACGGCUUCUUCAGCUACCUCCUUGAUAUCGAUGACGAUUUUGUUAAAGUACCCAUUUUCUGUUUUCGUACUUUUAGUGCUUGUUCUACCUGGACUAUCUUCUCUAUUCCUAAUCUAAUCAAACAGGGGCAACUUCCGAUUAAAGGGGAGGAAGAUAUGGAUAGGAUUCUAGAUAACGUUCCCGGUAUGGAGAAUCUUCUCAGAUGCAGAGAUCUUCCUGGUUUUUGCAGACCCACUGACCCAAACAAUGACCCAAUUCUUCAAUUCAUUGUGAGUGCGUUUAUUCGUAGCACCAAAUUCAAUGCCCUCAUAAUGAACACAUUCGAGGAUUUGGAAGGACCCAUUCUCUCUAACAUUCGAACUUUGUGCCCAAAUCUCUACUCAAUCGGACCUCUUCAUGCCCUUCUCAAAACCAAACUCUCCCACGAAACAGAGUCUCUCAACAAUCUCUGGGAGGUCGAUCGGAGCUGUCUGACGUGGCUGGACAAUCAACCGGCGGGAUCCGUGAUUUACGUCAGUUUUGGUAGCAUUACGGUCAUGGGUAAUCGCGAACUCAUGGAGUUUUGGCAUGGAUUGGUGAACAGUGGGAGGAAUUUUUUGUGGGUCAUACGGCCGGACCUUGUGAAGGGAAAAAAUGGGGAGAUUGAAAUUCCGGCGGAGUUGGAGGAGGGGACGAAACAGAGAGGGUACAUGGUGGGAUGGACACCGCAAGAGAAAGUGCUUUGUCAUGAAGCAGUUGGUGGGUUUUUGACACACAGCGGUUGGAAUUCGACACUGGAAAGCAUAGUUGCAGGGAAGCCGAUGAUUUGUUGGCCGUUUGGAUUUGAUCAGCAGGUGAACAGUAGAUUUGUGAGCAAUAUGUGGAAUUUGGGUUUGGAUAUGAAGGAUUUGUGCGACAGAGAAACGGUGGCGAAAAUGGUGAAUGAUGUUAUGGUGAAUAGGAAAGAGGAGUUUGUGAGAUCGGCGACUGAAAUUGCUAAUUUGGCAAGACGAAGUGUGAAACCUGGUGGAUCAUCUUAUGCCAAUUUUGACCGUUUGAUUGAAGAUAUUAGAAAUUUGAGUCGAAAGAAGACAGCCGUUAACAAUUAGAAUUUGUGUUUCUGAAACGGCUUUUGACCAAUUGUCGCAAAUUUGGGACACUUUUUGGUUGUUGAAAACUUAUAAUUGUGUACUUUGAAACUCAAAUCCACAUCGAUUACACUUUGUUUACAUCAA